GGAGCAUCUCAUAACCAGCCCAUAGAAGUCGUCACGGCUAACUUCUUUGGCCUCUACUCUCAACGAAGCUCCGCUUAGCAACCUCUGUGUCAGGUCUCGCGUGACAUUGUACGAAAGGUACAUCUGGGCCUACCAGAAAUCGGAGGUACUGCCAGGGCGUCAAAGCAAAUAUCUCAGCCCCGACUUCGUCAACAUGCGCCUCCUUAGAGCGGAAACUAUAGAGCUGGUGCAAUUCACACCAAAUCAAAUCCCGCCAUACGCAAUUCUCUCACAUACAUGGUCAAGCAAUCUAGACGACGAGGUCCUCUUCGCGGAUAUCGGGAAAGAAGAGGCUAAGCGGAAGCCAGCGUACCAGCUCAAAGUCGCCCCGGCGUGCUUCAAGGCCUUGAAGCACGGAUUCAACUAUGUGUGGAUUGAUACUUGUUGCAUCGAUAAGAGCAGCAGCGCAGAAUUGCAAGAAGCGAUAAACUCUAUGUUCAAAUGGUAUAUGCACUCAUCCAUAUGCUUCGUGUAUCUGGAAGAUGUACCCUCGAAGACAGAUGAGGCUACAGACUCGGAGAUUUUUGAAGACCUGAUCAUCGAGAGUCGCUGGUUUACCAGGGGAUGGACACUUCAGGAACUCGUUGCUCCUUGCAAUCUCAUCUUCUACUCCAAGUCUUGGGACGAUCUUGGAACUAGAGCAUCACUCGCAAGCUCAAUUUCAAAGAAGACAAAAAUCGAUAAAUGGAUCCUUGAUAACACAAGACCCGACGCUAACCGGGUUCACUCCAGAAGUGUGGCCAAUAGGAUGUCAUGGGCCGUAUUUAGGGAAACAACACGGCCAGAGGAUAUUGCAUAUUGUCUCAUGGGUAUAUUCGACGUUAAUAUGCCACUUCUCUAUGGCGAAGGCAACGAAAAAGCAUUUCAUCGGCUUCAGGAAGAAAUUUUUAAGAAUUCUGAUGAUCAGUCGUUGUUAGCGUGGACGGCAUUGCCGUCGGACAAUGUGAGAACAAAAGGUUUGCGAUGUCCUGGAGCCAAACACCGCAUUGAAUUACGGGGUCCUUUGGCCAAACACCCUAAUGAAUUCCGGAAUGCCAGUCACAUAGUCCCACUCCCUGGUGUUCCAGAUACCUAUUUCUUGACUAGCAGUGGAUUACGCAUUGAGCUCCUGGUCGUGCCCUCCAACUGCCUUCCUUUUCAACCAGGAGUUUGGGGAGUUUUGCGUUGUCAUUAUGAGAAAGACUUUACCGGACCUUUGGCAAUCCCCCUUGAGCCGCAGCCAUGGCAAGGGAACCAGGUUUAUGCUAGGCGACUUGCGGAUCUUAUCACCAUUGAUCGAUCGAAACUGACCAACCUUGAUAUUUUUCAAAAUGGGCCUUUUGUUUCGCAGAGACAAGCACAUCCGCAAAAACAAGCUAUCAUCAUUCACAGAAACCCCCGUCGUUUGAAUGCUGAAUGCGAACACCUGCACCUCGAGAGCUGGCCUACCGAAUGCACCCUCAUACGCGCAAUUCCGGAAAAACUAUGGAACCCCCUAUCUCGAAUAAUGAUUACCGACAACUACGCCGUAACACGAGUUUUUGUCUUCGAGCAUGUCGACUAUUCGCCUCCUUUUGUCGUUGUUUUUAAAUCUAGUUUUCGUGAUGAUGAACCAAAUCUUCGGAAGAUCAGAAUAUUCAAAAUGGAUUCAGACAUAAUUUCCUCUCUACGGCUACUGGGUGACGGGCAUCUGGAUGCUGAGCAUCUGGAUCUGGAACCAUGGACCAAUAUACAAUUAUCGGAGGAUGAUUGCAAGGACCAGGUUGACACUAUGUGGUGGUUUAGAAGCAAAGGGUUACAACCUGGCGUCAGGGCGGCAUUGCGGGAGGGUCACAUUAUGGGAGAACCUUUCUUUAUGUUAAAUAUUGGCAUGACUACAAGCCCUCCCGCCCCGUUUAAUGAUUUUAUAGAAUCUAGCUAGUACCGAGGUGUUAAAACAUCGUACAUCAAACUCUUGAG